AAUUACCGACCAUGGCGGAAUGUGGUCGAGUUGACAGCAACACAAGUCACACCAUGGAUAAAAGCAUUACUCUUCCUCCCGAUGAAAUCUUCCGCAAUUUGGAAAACGCAAAGCGCUUCGCCAUAGAUAUCGGUGGCUCUUUGACAAAGCUGGCUUACUACUCAACCGUCCAGCACAAGGUGGCCAAAGUGCGAUCAUUCGACCACACUGCAAAGGAGGCUGCUGGUGACAAGCUGUAUGAAAUAUCAAUGCAGGAGGAGGUGACAGCACGCCUGCACUUUAUCAAGUUUGAAAAUGCUUACAUCGAAACAUGCUUGGACUUCAUUAAAGACCAUCUAGUUAACACUGAAACCAAAGUUAUCAAAGCCACAGGUGGAGGGGCACACAAGUUCAAAGAGCUAAUCGAGAGGAAACUGGGACUCAAAGUGGACAAAGAGGAUGAGAUGACAUGCCUCAUCAAGGGCUGUAAUUUUGUACUGAAGAACAUACCACACGAGGCUUUCGUGUACGCCAAGCAUGCCGACUCAGAAUUCCGCUUUCAGACGACUAAUCCAGACAUCUUUCCUUACCUGCUGGUAAACAUCGGCUCCGGGGUGUCCAUAGUUAAGGUUGAAUCAGAGGACAAAUUUGAGAGAAUAGGAGGAAGCUCAAUAGGUGGAGGGACAUUCUGGGGACUUGGGGCCCUUCUCACCAAAACAAAGAGAUUUGACGAGCUGCUACAGUUGGCCUCGAAAGGUCAGCAUGCAAGUGUUGAUAUGCUUGUUAAAGAUAUCUAUGGAGGAUCAUACGGAUAUUUGGGCCUGACUGGAGAUCUUAUAGCGAGCAGUUUUGGGAAGUCUGCUACUGCCGACAAAGAGUUUUCUAAAGAAGACAUGGCCAAGAGUUUACUCCAUAUGAUCAGCAAUGACAUCGGGCAGCUGGCCUGUCUUUAUGCCAAGCUUCACAACCUGUCCAGAGUGUAUUUUGGAGGCUUCUUUAUUAGAGGACACCCUGUUACCAUGCACACAAUCACCUAUAGCAUCAACUUCUUUACCAAGGGUGAAGUUCAGGCCUUGUUUUUGAGACAUGAAGGUUAUUUGGGAGCCAUUGGAGCCUUUCUUAAAGGAGCAGAGGAAGACAAUCCAAACCAGUAUAGUUGGGGUGAGAAUUACGCAGGUAGCUCAGGUCUGAUGAGCGUUUCUCCUGACAUGAAUCCUAUGCAACGUGCUCGUAGUGGAACGUUUGACAUGUUGGAGAUGGACCGUCUGGAGAGGCAACUGGUGAACCUGCCUCUGCUGCAAGACCCUUCCUCUUACAUCCCUGACACUGUGGACCUCACAGAGGAUGCUCUGGCCCGUGAAUACUGGCUAUACUGCUUCGAAGAGGCCUUAGAUGGGGUGGUUAAGAGAGCUGUAGCGAGUCAGCCUGACAUGCCGGAGGCAGCCCUGCGUGCUGAGAAGUUCCGUCAGAAAUACAGACACAAGCUUCAGACCCUUCGUCAACAGCCAUUUGCUUAUGGAUCCCUCACUGUCAGAAGUCUGUUAGACACGAGGGAACACUGUUUAAACGAGUUCAACUUUCCUGAUCCCUACUCUAAGAUUAAACAGAGGGAGAAUGACGUUGCUCUCAAGUACUAUCAAAAGGCAGUGAAGUCCUUGGAUGAGCUGAGCUGGGAGGAGAAACAGUUUGCCCUAGUCCGGGGUGUCCUGGCUGGGAAUGUCUUUGACUGGGGAGCCAAGGCUGUGUCAGACGUCCUGGAAUCUGACCCCGAGUUUGGGUUUGAGGAGGCUAAACGACAGCUGGAAGAGCGGCCAUGGCUCGUUGAUUCCUAUGACCAGUGGCUUGAAAGACUAAAGGGUCCUCCUCAUAAGUGUGCCUUGUUUUUCGUAGAUAAUAGUGGAGUAGACAUCAUUCUAGGGGUGAUGCCUUUUGUAAGAGAGCUUCUCUCUCGAGGAACAGAGGUGGUAUUGGCCAGCAACUCUGGUCCAGCUCUGAAUGACGUAACGAAUGGUGAACUGCAGAUACUGACAGAAAGAAUUGCUGCUAUGGAUCCCGUCAUUGAGGCUGGUCUGAGAGAAGACAGGUUGCUGCUGGUGCAGAGCGGUUCCAGUUCUCCGUGUUUGGAUCUGAGCCGUCUGGACAAAGUUUUGGCGAUGGUUGUGCGGGAGCGGCAGACCGACCUGGUGAUCAUCGAGGGAAUGGGUCGUGCCAUUCACACCAAUUACUACGCCAUGCUCAGCUGUGAGAGCCUCAAGAUGGCAGUUAUCAAAAACUCGUGGCUGGCCGACCGACUGGGGGGAAAACUGUUCAGCGUGGUCUUCAAGUAUGAAGUACCAGCCGGGAAACCAAACAAGGACUGCGGUGCUUUUUCUCCUUCCUGAAUGUGACAGAAGCGGUUUGAGUUGAAGCUCUGAAUGUAAGGAGGAUGAUCGUAUACUGCCACUGAGUGAACAACCGAUUUUAACGCUGACUGUUAAAAAUGUAUGUGGGUUUUUAAGGGUGAUCAUUAAUUGGGAGAUUUGUAUGUUUCAUUUUAAAGUCGACUUUUGGCUUCAUGAACAUAUUGCUUUCUUGCACAUCCAUCAAGUUUUCUGUUUAAUCAUAUCAUAGCUAUCAGUACUACCAGUUUAUCUACAAAGCUUUUAUUUUGAAAAUGUGAGCCUGUCAUUCCCAACAUGGCUGUGUACAUCUAAGGGAUUUGACUUUUUGGCUAGAUAGAGACAGCAGCAGGAAUAAUUACAGCUUUCAGUGGUGAGACGUAUUUAAUGUGCCUUAAGGUUGAUGUGAUUUCACUCACUCAGUUUUGCAUUUAAUUCCUGUUGUAGGUGUCAUGUUACACAAAUGUCAGUUUUUUCCAGCACUCUCAGGCCAUAGUCAAAGAAAAACUCACGUUUCUUUUUAUGACAUUCACUCCACUAAUCGAAUUGAAAUUAAGAAUCACUGUCAUUGUCAUUUAUGUAGCUGUUGAUGUGGAAUCAGGGAAGAUCAGCUUGAUCAGUGGGAGAAGCAGCACUUUAUCACAGCAAUUCAAGAAACCUACAGUGUUCCUCCACAAGGUGGCAGUAUUCUACUGUGAUGUAGAUUUUUAGUCUUUAAGUCUUUCCAAAGGUGCUUGGUGUCAAAAUUAACACAGCAUAUUUCAGGUUCAGUAAACUGUAAGCAUCACAUGGAACUUGAUGUCACUGAGCUGGCUGUGGCAUGAGUCCAUGCAUUCACUGUAAUUACCUGGCAUGUACAAAUACACACUGCAAUCCAUCCCAGAGUCAAAAGAUAUUUGUUUUAAGGCAAUAAUAUGGCAGCUUCUAGUUGUAACAAACAUCAAACCUGAUGUGAAGUGGUUUAUUGUAUUGUUAACUUCAUCACAAAGGUCUAAAUUCAAGGCAGGCUCUGAUUAAAAAAAUUCUUGGUAUGAAAAUAUCUCCCAAAGUCACAGUUGCUUCACUUGUGUACUCAUAUUGCAAUAUUGUAUUUUUCAUUUGUACAUAUAUGUGAUAUACAAUUGUGUGUGUGUG